UCGUCGCGUCCUCCUCUCACCUCCCGACACCCUACAUCAUCUUCGUGUGCGACGUUAUGAAUCUCGCGACAAGGGCCAAGCGCGAGGCGAGAUUGGCGAGAACGUGCGAGAACGUGACGAGCGAGUGAGCAAAGUCGUGGUUCGGUGAACGUUGCUAUUCGACCAUUCGUUCACGUCCGAUUGCUGUCUUUCUUCUCGUCUCGCGUCGCUAACGAACGCGCAGGAAGAACCGCACGAUUUCAACAGCGUGGUGACGAAGCGCCGUAGGCUGCUCGCCGUGAAUCGUGAGUAAUAUCCUGGAUAUCCUUUGUGCUAUCGCACGUGCGUCGUCGUCGUCGCCGCUGCCGCCGCCAUCGUCUUCACCACCCGACGGCAUCUCCAAGCCAUUCACCAGAAUCGAGUCCGCGGCUUGCCACGGGCUCACGCAAGGAUGAUCGACCUAACAGUCAAGACUUUGGACUCGCAGAAUCACGUCUUCUCCCUGGAAGACGACCAAAUCACGGUACGCGGCUUUAAAGAGCACAUAGCAGAGUCUGUUGCUGUACCAGCCGAUUCACAGAGGUUGAUUUAUUGUGGACGAGUGCUUCAAGACGAAAAGAAAUUAAAUGAUUAUGAUGUCAAUGGAAAAGUUAUACACUUGGUGCAACGCGCGCCGCCUCAACCUGGCCAACACGGCAAUGAUGGUGGACAGACACAGGGACAGAGGCAAGGCUGGCAGAACUCGCAGAGACCGCACUACCGGGUUACACGCACCCAAAUGCAUGGAAACGCAAUGUACCUGGGUGCCAUGUCUGUGCCAGCUGAGAUCGUCGAAGGUCAUGGUAUACCUCAAUUGAGCAACAGUUUGUCGGGUAGUCGGCUGAGUCAUGCUGGUCGAAUGCUCGAUCGUGUAAAUGAAGUGCUUGAUCGACUUGACGAUCCCAGCGCUCCGCCCUUGCAUCCGCCCCCAGAGUCAAACCAAUCGACGACGCAGCAGCAGCACCACCACCAUCAUCACCAUCACCAGCAGCAGCAGCAUCAGCAGCAGCAGCAACAACAACAACAACAACAACCUCAGCAAUCGCAAGAAUCAGAAAUUGAACAAAACGAGAACAACGAUCUUUCCAGAGAUGAUGGUGCUAGACUUGCCGAGGCAGCUGCAGCAGCUAUCACUGCCGCGUUGUCAGCCGCUGGUGCGCGCGCGGUUACGUUAUUCAGAGGAAGCAGUUAUAAUGGUGGAAAUGCGAGAACUUCGAGCGACACGAACGAGCAUCAAAGUGAUGCGCAACCACCUCAGUCGCAGUCGCAGUCACAAUCGCAAGCGCAAUCGCAAUCACAGCCUCAGGCACAACCGCAACCGCAGGCACAAUCGCAACAGCAAUCGCAACAACAGGCACAAGCAACUACGGAUGCAGGAGCAACAUCGAGUAACGCUGGCCAAAGUAGACGAACUCAGCAGCAGGAUCUCCCGCGACCUCCGCAAAUGGCAGAAUUAUUGCAAAGACUGUGCAACACUCAAGAUCGAUUGAGACCAUACUUGGAACGUUAUUGUAUGCUGACGCUUCUCGAUCCUUCGCUACCGCCCGGAUCUGGACCGAACACCGUGGAAGAAAGUCAAAGAAUAGUGGAUGGAGUUAGUGAAAUUCUGCAUCUUAUGUCGCAUAGCUGUCACGCGCUGAGUGAUAUUAUAAUUGACAUGAGUCAACCACCUCCUAGAAACUUGCGGUGCCGACCAAUAAUAGUACAACACUCGGCUAUUCUUCAGCCCGGUAUACCGAUUCAAGUUGAAGCUCAUAUCAGUUUGAAUGGUCGCAGCGCUAAUAAUAAUAACAGCAACGAUGAGGCAACAGAAUCUGGUAAUCAGGCGCAGUCAGACAAUGCGGAAUCGGCAACUUCGUCGCGUGUUAAUACCGAGGAAGGUAAUCAAGAGCGAGAAUCUGGCGACAAUACGGCGCAGUCGCAGGCAGAACGGUCGCAACAAGAUCAGAGCCAAUCGCCUUUCGAUACAGUAUUUAAUUUGCCGAACAACGUUGAGGUAUUAAUGGAAGUUAGUAGUUCUGAAAGCAAUAUCGAUGCUGGAUCGAGCAAUGAACAGAACGCACCAGGCAGUGAAAAUAACAACAACGCCCGCAGGACAAACGUAUUUCCGUUCGGCACGCCACCACCGCCGUAUUUCAUGCGUAACUUUAUGCAAGCCGUUGCCGGACACAUGGUGCACGGCGGUAUCACUACUACAACUAUAAGCACGAGAAAUCCUCCCGUUUCUACAGUAGGAGCGCAACAGGGUAUUUCCACGUCGAUGGAUAGUGGCAGCACGAAUACUGGUCAAAGCACUCAAGCACGGAGCAAUACUGGUACUCAUCCUACUACCGCUACGCAAACUCGAAGUACGUCACGACCGCAUGUGUUCCAUCACCAUGCUCAUCCAAUGGGUCUCGGCAUGAGCAUCGGGCUCGGUUUAGAUUUCGAUCCCUACCUUCCAUGUAACUCGCACCAUGUGUACCGUUCUCCGAAUACCACGUCCAGCAGCGCGACUGGCGUAACAACUUCUUCGCAAACAACACGCACGGCAUCGACAGCUACAGCGGAUGCUCAAAAUCAAACGAAUCAAACUGCGACGACUUCGACUACAACCAACAGUGCCACUUCUACAAACACAACAUCGGCGACGAAUGCAGAAUCAGCUAAUAAUGCCUUAGUGAAUUUAUUGCAACAAAUAUUGAAUCAGUCGGCGGGCGGUCAAUCACAACCCAACAUCAGCAUCAAUAGCAACGCUCCUUUGAUGGAAAGUCUUGGGAAUAUAAUGCAAAUGCUUGGUAACAAUAUACACGUAGGAUUUUUGAGUGAUAGCUCAAUUGGAAAUGCUCCUACAUUGGCCGACCUGUUUGAGGGUGGAGGUCUAUCUAUGGAUCUCUUUACGUCGCACGAAUCUGGCAGAGAAGAGAACUUUCUCGUCGACCUCUUCGUAUUGCUGGCACAAUCUAUGACUCUUGACGGAUUGGUCAGAGUACGUCUCGGUCAGUGGGAGCCUAUUGCUCGUCUUCGAAGACCACUAGAAGAGUUCCUAGGGUACACGUUCGCAAACGUCUCAUCGCCGGAGGCCCUUCAAGAGCAAGCAACCGAGCGUUUACUUUCUCAACUAAGACCUCACAUUCAGAAUCUUUUAGCGUCUGAGGAAGACACCAAUGGCAGGAGUGGAUCUCGCGUUGAUGUUUGCGCGACCAUUGAAUCGUUGAUUGCGCGACACGCAAGAAAUAUACUUAGAAUCUUAUUUGAUACCGGAGUCGACGAUGCAAGGUUCGGACAGGACAUAUUGAACAUCCUAAUUAAUAUGUGCAGUCAAAUCUGUACGGUACUUCGGUACUCGCUACGCGGUGGCCAAGCUGGGUUGGAGGCGAUCGCGACGCGUUUUAUGCGUGACUUGAUGGAUGGUGGCAAUCCCGCUCUUCUCCAGUGGGUAUUAAACGGAUUUAUCACUCAUCUUCGUACUUACUUUUUGUGUGUACCACAACCUCCGGAUUCGGAAAUCAUACCGCUUUUAGUGUACAGGGACGCAUCGACCCAAGCGUCAUCGGUAUCGUCGGCUUCGACCCGACAAUCUACACAAGCGCAACCAGAAGAUGAGCCGAUGGAAAUUGAAACUCUGGAGCAACAGCAACAGCAGCAGCAACAACAACAACCAGCACGCGAAAGUUCAAUACCUGAAGAUCGAGAAGAAGUCCCUGAAACAUUCCCUGGCCACGAAGCUUUACCUUCGGAUUGGAUGCCAAUUAUUGCUCGUGACGGCGUGAGACAGCGUAGACAGUUGCAGAUGCAGGGUGUAACGCCGAAUAGCGGCGUGACAACAUUUAGUGACGCAUAUCUAGGCGGUUUACCGAGCAAACGUCGCAAGUUGAUUGAACAGCAGAAACCGCGGUUACUAGUUAGCCCCACGCCGAAUCAUCAUUCAACGAUAGCAGCGUCCAUGGAACGGCUGGUCAGAGAGGGAGUUGGUCGAGCUGGCGUCGAGGAGGUCGAGGGUGCCGCCGUGGCCGUUGCGGCAGAUCCCGCUGUGCGACGCGCGUUUGGUCAAGCGAUCAGGGAUUGUUUAAAUCCGUGUCGAUAUGGCACGCCGGACUUUCCAGAUCCAUUGCGUUUCCCGAACGCGACUAAAUAUUUUGCGGAUCAGGAUCGCCCGCCGAAAUAAUAGCCCCAACGGCAAGAUAUAAUAUCGUAUUUCUGACUUGCGCUACCAGAUUAAAGGAGUUUAGGUUGAAAUUAAGAAAUAGGAGACGGCUCUUGUCCUGAGAGAGGAUUGACAAGGAGCGAUUGGAUCGCGUGGACAAUUUCACAUAAAAAGAAAAAAAAUAUUUUCUCUCCUCUCGAUGAAGAGAGAGAAUAAAUUAUAUUUCUAACUGGAUAAUUGGCACGGUGCAAAUGUAUCUACGUAUUACCUAUAUGCUCAUAUCAAUAUCUGCUUUGAUAGAAUCACACUCUGAUAGAACUACUUUGUGGAUUAAGUUUAUAAUAAAAUAAUAUUUACGAUUUUUUUUUUAAUUAAAUUUUCCAUCGAGUGUCAAUUUCAAGAAAAAUCGACAUCAAUUUCAAGAAAAAUCGACAUCAAUUUCAUAAAAAUUAACAUGGGAAAUUUAGGUCAUAAUUUUCACUAAAAAAUACAAAUAUCUUUGUAUAUACAUAAGUGUAAAAAUUGUUGACUGUGCACUCAUCCAUUUAUAAUUUUUGCACCUGUUCACCUAUUAGUUUUGAAAUGUCUCCCGCUUGCGUAAAAUGCUUUUUUUCUAUGUAUAGUUACUCUUUCCCUAUUAAGUUGAUCGUUACAAAAUGUUGUGACUUUGAAAUAAUCGUAAAAAAAGAACUUUUCGAAUUUGAUAGAUUUUCUUUUGGUAGUCACAACAUGCCUAUACGACAUUAAAGAAUUGUUUUGUUAAAGUAUUUAAAAAUUUAGUUAAAGAUUAAAAUUAAUUUGUUGUCGAGCUAUCAAGCUCGAUAAUAUAAAAAUAAUAUAAUUGAGAAUAAUUAAAAUGUAGAACACUUAAACAUGAUAAGCAAUGCUGCAAAAGGUUUUAAUAUUUUAACUUCUACAUAAUUAUUUUGAUGUGACUUCAAAAAAUUUCUUGUGAUUCAAAAGAGAUUUUUUAUAUCUAGCUACAUUUUUGGAUACUUGAACAAAACUAAUCUUUCUAUGUGUGAAAGUUGCACGUUUUAUCGAAAGCGGCAGCGUUACAAAUUUCAUAAAAUUUAUCGUAAACGUGUUUUAUGCAAAUAAUCAGUUUUUUUUUUAGAUUCGAUCGUCCGAGAAUAUUGUAUCCUUUUGUCCGAAGUUAUGUUUCGAAGUUAUGUCCUUUUUACAACGCAUAUUCUCGUAACACGAGUCAUACGACGAGAAUAACAACCAAAUUAACGCGUAAGUGCGUGAUCAUGAUAACUUAUAUAUGUGAAGUAUGUUUAAUCGUUCUAAUAACUAAACAGUUGUACGAGAAAAAAGAAAGAAAAACAAUAAAGUUGUGUAUCCCUUUUC